UUGUAAGAAAACGCGGCAUGAAACUGAAAUUGUAAUUUUUUGAUAACGUAAAAACAUUCAACAUUAUCAUGAAACUAGUAAGAUUUUUAAUGAAACUCAGUCAUGAGACUGUAACGAUAGAAUUAAAGAAUGGUACUCAAGUACAUGGUACUAUUACCGGAGUAGAUGUGGCAAUGAACACGCAUUUGAAAACUGUAAAAAUGACAAUAAAAAAUAGGGAUCCUGUACAAUUAGAUACAUUAAGUUUACGAGGCAAUAAUAUAAGGUAUUAUAUAUUACCAGACUCAUUACCACUUGAAACGUUACUCAUAGAUGACACACCAAAAGCAAAAGCAAAAAAGAAAGAGGCUGCACGAGGAGCAGUACGUGGUCGAGGUCGAGGAGGUCGUGGUACCAGAGGAGGUCGAGGGGGUCGUGGAAGAGGAAGGGGUAGACGAUAAUCAAACGAUACACAUUAUUAUUGUAAUAAAUCUGAUUGAAAUAAUUAAUUACAAAAAUUUUUUUCAUCUCAAAAAAAUAUUUGCAUAAUGUAUUAUCAUAUAAUACGAAAAUAAUUCAAUGAAAUAUAUUGCUUUUGUAACUCAUCAGAACUUUUAACUAUUAUGUCUCUUAAUAGAAAUUAUUUUUCAUUAUUAUCUUAAAAUAUAUCAAAAAGUUGUAUAAUUUUUCCAUAUAGUUA